UGUGACACGGCGGGGUUUACCUUUAUGCGCUACGACAUUCAUAACAGUGCGUCUAUUUCCCACUUCAACGAUCGAGCUUGGAAAAGCAGAUCCUCAACUACACAUUUCGCCGUUGGUUUGUUGGCUACCCAGUAAGUAAGUGAUCUGUCACGAAAUUGGCUAUCUAUAUUCUUGUUGUGCUUAAGUUUAUGUCAUAGGCUAGUCAGAGUCGAAUAUUGGUUAUAGCGGAGAACUCAUUCAUUCAUGUAAUUGCAUCUUAUUAGGUGCAUAACAGAGUUUGUCUCAGAAUAUUCUCAUGCUUUUUGUGUUUCUGAGUAGAAUGAAUAGCAUAAAAAUCAACAUGUCAGAAUACAAGUUGUGGUCCAGGCAACAAAAGAUGAACCAAUCAGGAUUUGGUAUUUAGAAAACAAAAUUGUCCAUGGAAGCUCAGUCUGUAAUCACAGUUACACACUACAGUGUGUUAUUUUUUCUAACUUAAUGUGUAAUGUGAGAUCAGUGCUUCAUCAUCCUUUUUUCCUAUGUUUGUUAGCUACUCUAAUGAUGCGAGAAAGCUAAUUUCCCUCCAGUGUACCUUUCAGUUACCUGAUUCCUGAGUGCUGACAUCAGCACCUCGGCCUGCCCUGCAGUGUAGGGGGCUGGGGAGUGGUGCUGCUGGCCCCUGGGGCUUGCAGAGUUGCCUGCCGCUCUUCGCGGAUCUCAUUAAGAAAAAACAGGACGGCCCCGCAGACACAACACACUGCUCGCUGUGGGGCACAGACACCAACACACUGACUCCCUCUACACCAAUUCACUGUGGGGCACAGACACCAACACACUGACUCCCUCUACAUAGCUCGCUGUGGGGCACAGACACCAACACACCGACUCCCUCUACACCAGCUCGCUGUGGGGCACAUCUACAAUUACCCCCUGCAGCUGCUGUCUGCCUCGAUUUCCACUCCCUCCUUGUAGUACCAGCACAUUCUCAUUCUCACACACACACACAAACACACGCACAUGUCAUUGUCUCUUUGUGUCUUGUCAUUCCCUUGAAAAGACACAAAGAGCAAGAACACUGUUGAAUUAAACAUGCAGAAAUCUCUUGAAAGGUGACAUGUAUUUGUGGCAAGUCUUUGUUUGUGUUAUGGGGAGAUAACCUGCUGUUUUCUUUGUGUGUGUGUGUGUCUGUGUGUGUGUGCAGAGGUGUGUGUGUUUACAGAGGAACCCUUGACUUCACCUGGAGAUACCCUGAUGUUAAGGCAGGUUGGAGGAGAGACGUGUGUGUUGAGCGCUGCUGUAGGAUGAGAGCUGACGGCCCCACUCGGCGUGCGUACAGCUGACACCCCCCCCCCACACACACACUCACGCCUGCUGUGCCUGCAGUGCAACACUGAGGACAUGAGGGUGGGGAAGGUGUCUCCAGCAGGUUGUGUAGAGGAAGAGAGGCGUGUCCGAGCCAAUGACCGAGUUUACAAUGAGAAGUUCUCCUACGCAGACAACCGGAUCAAAACCUCAAAGUACAACAUCUUCACCUUCCUGCCCAUCAACCUCUUUGAACAGUCCCAGCGGGUGGCCAAUGCCUACUUCGUAGUGCUGCUGAUACUGCAGCUGAUUCCAGAGAUCUCCUCUCUGUCCUGGUUCACCACCAUAGUGCCUCUGGUGAUGGUGCUGACCAUCUCCGCCGUCAAAGACGCUACUGACGACUAUUUUCGCCACAAGAGUGACCAGCAGGUCAACAACCGCCAGUCUCAGGUCCUCAUCCGGGGAAAGCUGCAGAAUGAGAAGUGGAUGAAUGUUCGCGUGGGAGACAUCAUCAAGCUGGAGAAUAAUCAAUUUGUCGCUGCAGACCUCCUCCUCCUGUCCAGUAGUGAGCCGUAUGGCCUGUGCUACAUCGAGACAGCAGAGCUGGACGGGGAAACUAAUUUAAAAGUCCGGCAGGCCUUGACUGUGACUUCGGACCUGGGAACCGAUAUCUCCAAACUUGCCGAGUUUGACGGUGAGGUGAUCUGCGAGCCGCCCAAUAACAAGCUGGACCGCUUCACGGGGACGCUGCACUGGUGCGGGAGCAAACACCCGCUGGACAACGAGCGCAUGCUGCUGAGGGGGUGUGUCCUCAGGAACACCGACUGGUGCUUCGGCCUGGUGGUGUUUGCCGGACCCCAGACCAAACUGAUGCAGAACUGUGGGAGGAGCACCUUUAAGAGGACCAGCAUAGACAAACUGAUGAACACGCUGGUGCUGUGGAUAUUUGGCUUCCUGAUCUGCAUGGGGAUCAUCCUGGCGGUGGGCAACACCUUCUGGGAGGUGCAGGUGGGCGGGGCCUUCUGGGCGUGGCUGCGCUGGGGGCUGGGCAACUCCAUCUACUCCGGCUUCCUCACCUUCUGGUCGUACAUCAUCAUCCUCAACACCGUCGUUCCCAUCUCCCUCUACGUCAGCGUGGAGGUCUUGCGUCUGGGCCACAGCUACUUCAUCAACUGGGACAGGAAGUUGUUCUACAACCAGCGGAACACACCUGCGGAAGCACGGACCACCACCCUCACAGAGGAGUUGGGGCAGGUGGAGUUCAUCUUCUCCGACAAGACCGGCACCCUUACCCAGAACAUCAUGGUCUUCAACAAGUGCUCCAUCAAUGGCACCACAUAUGGGGAUGUGUAUGAUGACUUUGGCCUUAAAGUGGACAUUACUGAGAGGACGCCGUGUGUGGAUUUCUCCUUCAACUCACUGAGCGACCCAAAGUUCCGUUUCCAUGACAGCAGCCUGGUGGAGGCUGUCAAGGGGGGUGGGGCUUGUGUGCAGGAGUUCUUCAGACUGCUGGCGCUGUGCCACACUGUUAUGCCAGAGGAGAGGAGCGAGGGAGAGCUGGUGUACCAGGCACAGUCACCUGACGAGGGUGCUCUGGUCACUGCUGCGCGGAACUUUGGAUUUGUGUUCCGGGCCAGAACUCCCGAGACCAUCACGCUGGAUGAGAUGGGCCACUCCGUCACAUACCAGCUCCUCGCCUUCCUGGACUUCAGCAACGUCCGCAAGAGAAUGAGUGUCAUCGUAAGAAACCCAAAGGGUGAGAUCAAGCUGUAUUCCAAAGGAGCUGACACCAUUGUGUUUGAGAGGCUGCACCCUUCUAACGAAGAACUCAUGUAUACUACCUCAGAACAUCUCAAUGAGUUUGCGGGCGAGGGCUUGCGGACGCUGGCGUUGGCUUACAAAGACCUGGAGGAGGACGCGUUUGGGGAAUGGAUGAAAAGGCUGCUGUACGCCAGCACAGUGUUGGAGAACCGGCAGGAGCUGCUCAACCAGCUCUAUGAGGAGAUAGAACAGGACAUGAUGCUGCUUGGUGCCACAGCCGUGGAGGACAAGCUGCAGGAGGGCGUCCCGGAGACCAUAGCCUGCCUAAGCCUGGCCAACAUCAAGAUCUGGGUCCUCACCGGAGACAAACUCGAGACAGCCAUGAACAUCGGUUACUCGUGCAACAUGCUUCGGGACGACAUGGACGAGGUGUUUAUCAUCUCAGGACACUCGUCUCUGGAGGUCGGGUGUGAGCUCAGGAGGGCCAAGGAGCAGAUCCUGGGGCCCAGCAGUGCCAAGCUCAGCGCCACCGGGAAGUCCUUCUCCUCCACCAGCGAUUCUGUGUUUGAAGAAACCAUUAUUGCAGAGUACGGGUUAAUCAUUAACGGCCACAGUUUGGCCCAGGCUCUGGAGGUGGACCUGGAGCAGGUGCUACUGGACGUGGCGUGCCUGUGUAAGACGGUCAUCUGCUGCAGGGUCACCCCCCUGCAGAAGGCUCAGGUGGUCGAGCUGGUCAAGCGGCACAAACGUGCCGUCACCCUCGCCAUCGGGGAUGGUGCCAACGACGUCAGCAUGAUCAAGACGGCUCACAUUGGCGUUGGCAUUAGCGGUCAGGAGGGUAUGCAGGCGGUGUUGGCGUCCGACUACUCCUUCGGUCAGUUCCGCUACCUGCAGCGGCUACUCCUGGUCCAUGGUCGCUGGUCCUACCACCGCAUGUGCAAGUUCCUCUGCUACUUCUUCUACAAGAACUUCGCCUUCACGCUCGUCCACUUUUGGUUCGGGUUCCUCUGCGGCUUCUCUGCGCAGACGGUGUAUGACCAGUGGUUCAUCACGCUCUACAACAUCGUGUACACGUCUCUGCCGGUGCUCGCAAUGGGCCUGUUCGACCAGGAUGUGAACGAGCAGUUCAGCCUGCGCUACCCAUCACUGUACCGGCCCGGCCAGCUCAACCUGCUCUUCAACAAGCGCAAGUUCUUCACCUGCAUGCUGCACGGCGUCUUCACCUCCUUCGUUCUCUUCUUCCUGCCCUACUGCCUCUGCCUCUCUGCCAUCCGCGACGAUGGCUCGCACGUAUCAGACCAGCAGGCCUUUGCCGUCACCAUAGCAACCUCCCUGGUCAUUGUGGUCAGCGUGCAGAUUGGCCUGGACACUAACUACUGGACGGCGGUGAACCACUUCUUUGUGUGGGGGAGUGUGGCCAUGUACUUCGCCAUUCUGUUCGCCAUGCACAGCGAUGGCCUCUUCAGUAUAUUUCCCAGUCAGUUCCCAUACGUUGGAACGGCCCGUAAUGCCCUGACACAGAAGAGUGUGUGGUUGGUCAUCUUGCUGACCACGGUGGUGUGCAUCAUGCCCAUGCUGGCUGUGCGCUUCCUCAAGAAAGAUCUGCACCCCUCCCUCGCAAACAAGGUGCGCUUGCUGCAGAGAGCCAGCAGGAAGCAGCGUCCCCAGGAGCAGAGUCUGCGACGCGUCCGGAGGACUAGCUCACGGCGCUCGGCUUACGCCUUCGCCCACCAGCAGGGCUACGGCGAGCUCAUCACCUCCGGACGCAACAUGAAGCUCACAGUCUCCGCCCAGAGCUCCGCCCCCACCAACAAGAGCAGCAGCUGGAUCGGCUCCGUCCUCGGGAAGAGGGGCGGCGUGGAGGAGGAGACGGGCAGCGAGGGGCCCGCUAGGGACCCCACAGAUGGUAUCGGGGCCCCUGGAGGAGUGGCUAGGGACCCCACAGAUGGUAUCGGGGCCCCUGGACGAGUGGCUGGGGACUCCAAAGGGGGUAUCAGGGCCCCUGGACGAGUGGCUAGGGACCCCACAGAUGGUAUCGGGGCCCCUGGACGAGUGGCUAGAGACCUCACAGAGGAGGCUGAGGAGGGUCUUGUAGCAGAGAUCGUAACCUGAUGACCAGAGACAGACACCACAGCACACUUGAACACACACACACACACACACACACCAGCUGACACCACAUACAAACACAUACACCAGCUGACUCAAGCUGUGUGAGGAGGCGGUGUGUGAAGGCUCUCAGAAUGUACCUCCGUCCCAAACAUACACCUGCAGAAGUGACCAGCUUCUCACACACCACACCGCCCCGCACAACACAACACAAUAAAGCACAGCAAAAGGGACUGCCCCUCAGCACACAGA